UGGAGGCGGCGCCGCGGGACGGAACGGAAGUGCCUGUGCAGCUUCCCGGAUCCGGAGCCGAGCUCUGGCGGCCGCCCUGCCCGCCAUCCUCCUUCCGCAGCCGUGAGGGAGACCGCGGCUCGGCUGCACCGGAGCUGCGAGUUACAGAAUGUCUGAAGGGGACAGUGUUGGAGACUCUGUCCAUGGGAAGCCCUCAGUGGUGUACAGAUUUUUCUCACGGCUUGGACAGAUUUAUCAGUCCUGGCUGGACAAAUCUACCCCCUACACAGCUGUCCGGUGGGUCGUGACACUGGGCCUGAGUUUUGUCUACAUGAUUAGAGUUUACCUGUUACAAGGUUGGUACAUUGUGACCUACGCCUUGGGAAUUUACCACCUAAACCUUUUCAUAGCGUUCCUUUCUCCCAAAGUGGACCCUUCCUUGAUGGAAGACUCAGAUGAUGGCCCUUCAUUACCAACCAAACAAAAUGAGGAGUUUCGCCCCUUCAUUCGAAGGCUUCCAGAAUUCAAAUUUUGGCAUGCGGCUACAAAAGGCAUUCUUGUGGCUAUGAUCUGUACCUUCUUUGAGGCUUUCAACGUCCCCGUGUUCUGGCCGAUCCUGGUGAUGUACUUCAUCAUGCUUUUCUGUAUCACAAUGAAGAGGCAAAUAAAGGUAAAGAUAACAGUGUUGCUGUGCAAGCUGACAGUGACCAGCCCGAGGCUGCAGUACCCCUGGAAAAGCAUGCUGGCAUUUAGUGCUGGCAUCACCUUCUGUGUGUGAUGACCAACUUACAUUCAGCUUCUGCCCGAGAGUCCUAAACUGCAAGCCCUCUGUGAGAACAGAGCCUUCCUUGAAGGUGGCUGGAAGCCGAGUAGGAGAGCCCUGGGUAGGGCUAGGUGGGCUUGGGUCUGCAGUGCCUCAGUGGCUCCUUUUAGCUCAUAGCUUGAGGUCCUGUGGUAGCCCUGCUAGAGCCCAAGGCACAUCCUCACACUGGUGAUGAAGUUGUGGCUGCACCCCCUUCUGUACUCUCCCUAGCUCUUUGCUCACAGAGGAUCAUGAAAUGUUUCCCAAAUGUUGGCAUUUCAGUGGGUUAGAAUGUACGAACCACACUGUUGGCCUCUUGAUUUCAGUUGCACUAGACUGAAACAAUUGAGGGGUACCUUUGGCUAUUCAGGCCUAGGGAAAAGGGUAAAGCAGGAAACUGUUUUGAAGUAACUCAAGUUUGUUUGUGUGUUUGUUUUCCCAGCACAUGAUUAAAUACCGGUACAUACCAUUCACACACGGGAAGAGGAGAUACAAAGGGAAGGAGGACGUGGGCAAGACAUUUGCUAGUUAGAAGCUGGACUGACUGUCACACGGACUCAAGAACGGUUUUGAGCCAUUGUAACAAUGCCUUUUUCUUCACAUAAAGUAGUUGAUUAUGAGGAAGUUGAAUUUUCUUUUUAAGAGGAGCCUCAAUGAUUUGUAUCUGAAAUAUCAGGUUCUUGAAGAAACUGGCAUUUAAACCACAUUGCAUUGACUUCUUCUUCAGUGAUGCUCAGUGUUUGGAAUGGGCAGAUGGUAGUGAGCCAUGGGCUUGUUCAGUGUUUGGAAUGGAUGAUGGUAGUGAGCCAUGGGCUUGGGAGGCCAGGUGGGUGGCAGCCCAAGAGCGGAAGGGAGGAUGGGAGUGCGGCCCUGCAGAGCUGCCUUCCUGACCCCGCUGAGGCCACUCCUCUGUGCCAGAGGGACACGCCAGCCUGCUUCCUGCUGUGAGAAGGAAUGUGCCGCUUUGAGGGUGAUUUCACAGAGCUCUGUGGGGUUCUCAUGCCAGUGUCUGAAUCUCAUCUCACUAGAGAUGUUUCUCAAAUUGGCCUCUUACCAUAAUGACUCAAAACUCUGUUCUUAACUACCAUGAUUGCUUUUGAGGGCCUGGAAUUAUAAAUAUAUAUUAUAUUUUAAUUGUUUGAGACUAUUUUGACACUUCCUUUGAUACAUAACGUAUUUUGCUUUUGAUUAAUUUAAACUCGUUCUCAUGCCACAACCUCUUUACGGAAACAGAACGGGCCAGAGCGUACCAAGUCUGGGGUUUAUCGCAUGGCCUUUUACUUUCUAUGGGGAAAACAGAACCUACCAUGUGUCAAACUUUUUGAUGUGAUAAAAAUAAUACUCUUUAAACAUUUUACUAAGUGACUUUUAAAUCCCAACUUUAUUAAAGAAAGUGUCCCUUG